CUGUAAAACACGUAUAUUUAAUUUUUAAAAGAAAUAUUAUUGUGCAGCAUAAAUUAAUUAGUUUCCAUUUUAUGAUUUUUAAAGAUUUAGUUUAUAAAUUGAAGGGUAAAAAAGAGUGAAAAAGGAGAAAAAGCAUGAAAUGUUAUUUAAUGUUAGGAGUGAUCGAUAUGGGCCCACAAACGCCAUGGCCCACUUCCACUGCAGUUCCCAUCAUCUAUCAUCCAUCAUCCCAACUCAAUCAUUCACACUUUUCUUUCUUCUCUCCUUUAUCAUCUCUUCUCUUCCGCUCUUCUUCAUUUCAUCAUUACACACCAAACAUCAUGGUUUACUUCGAAGGAGAAAAGGAACACAGAGACCUUAUUCCGGGUUUGCCCAACGAAGUUGCAGAGCUAUGUCUUCUUCACGUUCCCUACCCUUACCAGGCUCUCUCUCGCUCUGUUUCUUCCACUUGGAACAGAGCAAUAACCAAUCCUUCCUUUAUCUUCUCAAAGAAAACGCUUUCCCAUCCGAACCUUUUCGUUCUCGCUUUCCAUUCCCAAACCAGAAAGUUUCAGUGGCAGGCGCUUGAUCCUUCCUCUGCCCGUUGGUUCCUUCUUCCUCAAAUGCCCUCGCCGGAGGACACCUGCAUGUUGCCACUUGCCUGCGCCGCCUUGCCACGCCAGGGGAAGCUCUUCGUCAUCAACGGCGAAGAAACCCUGACAUACCGUGCCGCCACGAACCAGUGGUCGGUGGCUGAGGGACCCGGGGGGAGGGAGUUUGUGGCUGCCGAAGGAGUGGAGGGAAGGAUCGUGGCGGUGGGGAGAGCCGGCACCGGCGUGUACGAUCCCGAGAGCAACACAUGGCAGGAGGGGAGUGAGUUGGGAGGGGAGUUGGAGAGGUACGAGGUUGUGGCGGCAGGGGGAAGGGUAUAUGUGACGGAGGGGUGGUGGUGGCCGUUCAUGUUCCGGCCUAGGGGCUGGGUUUACGAGGUGGAGAAGGACACGUGGCAGGAGAUGAGCAUAGGAAUGAGAGAAGGGUGGAGUGGGGUGGGUGUGACCGUUGGCGGAAGAGUUUUUAUGAUUGCCGAGUAUGGAGAUUCUGCUGUGAAGGUGUACGACGAGGAGCAUGACACAUGGUACCCUGUGGCAGGUGAUAGAUUUCCAAGAGAAGUUAUGAAGAAGCCGUUUUGUGCCACGGGGUUAGAUGACAGAAUCUACGUGGCAUCUUGUGGGUUGAAUGUGGCAAUAGGGGUUGUUGAGACAGUCUCCAGCAUGGAGCAAGAUGUCAAAGGUUGUGCUGCUGACGUGUGUGUGACAUGGCAGGUGGUGGAGGCUCCUCGCUCAUUUAGCGAAUUCUCACCUAGUAGCUGCCAAGUGAUGUAUGCAUGAAAAGGAUGUUUGUGACUGCAUCUUCCGGUGAUGGGGAAUGAAUCAUAGCUUCAAGCAUCAUCGUGGUCACCAUGUUCUCAGCUACUACAAUUAUUUAUAUUAAAACCAAUAAUAUUAUAUUAGAAAGUAUA